AUGGACGCCUCGAAAGCCCCCGUAAAGCUCGUCAAGGUCACCCGAGUCCUCGGCCGUACCGGUUCUCGUGGUGGUGUUACCCAGGUUCGCGUCGAGUUCAUGGACGACCCUACCCGAUCCAUUAUCCGAAACGUCAAGGGACCCGUCCGUGAGGACGACAUCCUCUGCCUCCUCGAGUCCGAACGCGAGCAAUAUGGCCAACUCUUCAUGUUGCGAAGGCCUGUAAGGACCCCGAACUUCGGAGCCUGGUCCUUCCACGUUCGACGCGACGCCGCAUGUUCUGAACCAAACCUCAUGGCCCCCAAUGGCCAUUUCAGCGUGCUCUAUUUUGCCGCCGUCAGCUCCUUCACCUCGAAGGAAUCCGAGUUCCUGCCCGCCCCGCUGCCGGCUACCCAGCUCUUCGACGUGCUCGAGGAGAGGUAUCCCGGCAUCAAGGGAAGCUCCUCGGAUCCUGCCUCGUCACCGUGA